AUGCCUAUUUUAUCAGGACAACGAUCAAUACCCACUCCACUGUCAUGGAAUUUAACAAUCGAUUCAACUGUGGUUGUUGUUACAGGUUCAAUGUCGAUUGGUGCACUUAUGGUGCAACUUGUCAAUCAACUUGAUGUAUCUGAAGAUUUUUCUGAUAAUGCACUUUGGUGGCCAAAAGCGAAUAUUUGGUUAACAAAUACGAAAUGGACACUCGAUCAAUAUGGUAUUCAGUCUGAUAGUUAUUUAAUAUUUACAACUAUGCAUAAAAUACUUCGUUUACAAUUACCUGAUCUACGUGUUUUAUCAGUUCGUGCUGAUUUUUCUGUAUCUGUUUAUGCAUCUGUUUGUAAAAUUUGUAAAGAUCUUGGUAAGAUUAUUAAUGAAAUAAUUGAUAAAAAAUUUAUUAGUGAUUUUAUUUUAUUAGGAAUUCGUCAUGCUGAAGAACUUUCACUUUUACGUUUACCAAGAAUUUUAAAUACAAAUGAUCGUCGUGCAUCACCACGUCGUCGACGUCAACACAUAAAUACACUUAAUCGACAUAAUUCAAUGGGAGAUUCAUUAGCUAUUAAUACAUCAACUAUUUCAACAGUAUUUUCUCCAACAACAUUAAAACCACGAUCAACAGUUGCAAUUGAUAAAAUGACAGAUUCAUCAUUCCAAAAUCGAUGUUCAACCUCAAAUCUCUCAAAAUCACUUAAUAUUUUAACAAUAAAUGAUGAUGGAAAUCUUGCUCAUACACCGUUAACACCAAGAAAAAAUCUUUUACCACAAAUAAUUCGAUCAAUAAAUUUAAUUGAAAAAUGUAAAUUAAAUAAUCUUUGGUUUGAUUCAUCAAAAUCAUUAAUGGAACAAAAUCUAAAUGAAAAUGAUUUAGUUUUAUUACGUUUUAAAUAUUAUUCAUUUUAUGAUUUAAAUCCUAAACUUGAUGCUAUACGAAUAAAUCAAUUAUAUGAACAAGCUAAAUGGUCAAUAUUAAGUGAAGACAUAGAUUGUACAGAAGAAGAAAUGAUGACAUUUGCUGCUUUACAACUUCAAGUUCAAAUUCAAUCUUCAUCAUCAACAAUAAUUAACAGUCAAGAUGAUGAUAUAAAUCAUCAAUAUGAUAAUACUACAAUUGAUCAAGCACUUGAAAAUUUACAAAAUUCUUUAUUAGGAAACACUAAAAUUCAAUCAACAAAUUCAAUUCAACAAAUAAAUAUUCAUCAACAAUCAAAGGAAGAUUUACGUAGUUAUUUACGUAUUUUUCGACCAAGACGAUUUACAUUUAAAUCAUUUAAACGUUAUUGGUUUGUUUUACGAGAUGCUCAAUUAGCUUAUUAUACAAAUGAAUCUCAACAAUAUAAUACACCAAUUGAAAAAAUUUCACUUAAAGGUUGUGAAAUUCUUCCUGAUAUGAAUAUAUCAGCAAAAAAAUAUUCAAUUCGUUUAAUGAUACCAUCAAUUGAUGGCAUGAAUGAAACAUUAAUCAGAUGUUCAUCAGAAGAACAAUAUGCAACAUGGAUAGCUGCCUUACGUCUUGCAUCAAAAGGUCGAUCAAUAGAUGAAACAUCUUAUGAAACAGAACGUGAAUCAAUAUUAACAUUAUUUAAUAUGAAAAAUUCAUCAUCGAAUUCUCAACAUACAAAAUUUAAUAUCCAGCCAGAAAAUUAUGUUUCAAAAAAAGUUUCAAAAAAAUAUAAAAUGAAACAGGUUAGCGAAUUUUACUAUUUCUGUAUUGUUCUUUUUUAA